CUGCAAUCUAGACACCACACGCUUCCUCUCCCCGGCACCGAACGAAAUAGACUACAUCAAAGGAGCAUAAAAAUCACCUUUGGAGGAACAGGAGGACACCCCAGUACUCCCAGUACUCCACAGAGGCGAAGUUGAGUCAUGGAGAGACAGUUCCUGGGGACUCUGAUGCUACUGCUGCUGCUGCUGACCCUAGCCUCAGAAACUUCUGGUCAGGAUGAUCAGCCAAUGAGGCAGUCUCCCAGGCCUGGAACAUCUCUUGCAGCUACGGAGAAGACUUCAUCUCUAGCAACAGUCUCAACCGUAAACACCACAGUCGGGACAGCCGAUACCCAAGAAGCGAGGAUGACAACCUCAUUUUCCAUGGCAGUCACCAGGACUCCAUCAACCACUACAAUGAACUCUGCAUCCAAAAACCAGGCAGGGACCACUGAGGCUACACCCAGCCAGCACUCAGAAGCAGCCAGGACAACUGGGAGAGGAAUGGCCGAUGAGAAAACUACGCCCAAGGUAAGAGCUCCGUCUGUGGCCUCGGAGUUGGUCCCCACAGCUGGUGAGAACAUCAACUCAUCCACAACCGAGAUGGCCUCUGCAAUGGUGAAUGGGAUGACCAAAGCUACGCCCGCGGUUGCCACAGAAGGAGGAGUCUUGGCCCAACCAGCGACCACAAUAAGCUCUCUGCUUCAAACCCCAGAGGCAGCUGGGUCUACGAUGGCCACUAUGUCGAGGACCCCAGGAGGGACAGGCGUCCCCACAGUCUCUCUGGGGACAAGCAGCCGUGCUGGGACAAAUGGACCAGUUGUGUCUGAGGCUAACCCUAUGUACACAGCCUUAACGGCAACCAGGAAGGACAUGGAGACCACCAAGGCGACACCCAUCAUUUCAAUGACAAUAACUGAGGGCCUGGAGAGGGCGACCGGCUUCACACCCACUUCCCCCAAGGAAGCAGCCGCCAACAGGGAGACGGUGAAUACGGCCCGGAUGUCUGAGACCAAAGACAGAACCACAAGCCCAAGGAAGGACGGGGUGUCUUCAGUAGCCGCAGUGAGCCCACAAAGGACCACUCCCCGUGCACCCACGGGUUCCAUGGAGUUAACAGCCAACGCUACAGUGGACACGAGGCACACAGCAUCGCCCAAGACAACCACACUGUCUACUGGCUCCUCUGGGACAAAGGCGUCCUCCAUUACAUCCGCAUCAGCGAUGGGCAGCCCCUGUGCCUCAGACGAGUACCCUAGCCCCACGCUAGAGAGAGGUUGUAAGUGCAAUAGCAGUUACUAUGCUCACCCAGAGUUCAAUAAUAUGACUGUGGCCCUGUCCUGCCAGCCCUGGGGGAUGGAAGUGUCCCUGAGCCAAUGCCUCCUGGAGACGCUUGGCUGGGUCCAAGGAGAUGCCCUCUUUCCUGGGUGUGCUGGGGUCAGCAAGAUUGUCCAAGGUCGGAGAGUCAUCACCUUCUUGAUGAAGAAAAAGGAGGGUACAUGUGGACUUGAGCUUUCUACCAAUACAAGCCAUGCCCUGUACUUUUUGAAAACACAGCUUCCUCCAGCCCAUUCUGGUUCAGUUGCCUCUACUGGGUCUACUGUUAUCAACUUCACCUGUGCCUACCCAUUGGUAGUAAACGUGAGCCAAAAGGAACCCAUCAAAGUGGUCAACUCCCUACAUGCCAAGAUCCAUGUCCCAGGCACGGGGGACUCCAUCAUCACCUUGUCUAUUUUCACUGAUGCUCAGUACUCUUCCCUGCUUGCUGACCAGCCUGUGGCCCUCAAUUCACCAUUAUAUGUGGUCCUAGAAGCCACCAAUGCUGACCCAGAGCGGUUUGUUCUCGUGGCCAAUGCUUUCUUUGCCAGCAUCAAUGCUUCUGGGGCUUCAGCCCCUGAGACCACCUACUACUUUGUGAAACAUAGCUGCCCAGUCAGUGAGAGGUUGCUCACAAAGCUAAAUGAAAAUGGGGUCUCUUUGAAAGUGAAGCUGGCCUUCCGUCUGUUCCGUUUCUUCACCAGUGAUGUCUUGUACUUCCACAGCCAUAUGACACUCUGUGACAAGAAGGGGAACAGUUCCUGCAGACCUAGCUGUACUGAGAUGAGUGAGAAGCCAAGGAACCUUACUGGCCUGGAACACUGGAACAAGGACAAGGGUGGUCAGCUAAUGUUUGGGCCAGUCCGGCUCCAAGAUUUGGACCCUUCCAACAACAGGGCCCCAGCAGGAUCCAUGAGGAUUUGGCUGACAUUCCUUCUGUUGGUGGUGAUUAGUGGGAUGCUGGAAUGAGGUUCCCACCUCCUUACUAUCCUUUUUCAGGGGUCUUGAGAGGAAGGAAAAUAAAUUAAUAUAACUUAGAAGUGGAAUGUCUGUGUUUUCUAAGUUGGUAACUAGGGACCAGUAUAUACAAAUACUCCAAGGUAACCAAUAUCUGUGGAGGGGGCUGGGUUUCCUCAUCUUAGCUUUUCCUCCCAUCUCUGGAACAUAUGCCCAGAGGAGCCCCCAAGAAAUAAAUGAUUGAAAUCACAUUUCAUUCCACAACCAAUAAAAAGCAUGGAUU